CUACUGUUUGCUUAACUAGAGAUGAGCUCCUAGUACUCCGUUUAUAUCUGGUUAGAGAGAACAUGCAUGUUCUUAUGCUUGUGGUCUGGUAGUAAUUCGUCUGGCUGAUUAGCCUGUGCAAGUACCAGUCUGGGAAGUCUGGGAAACGAUAUGGAGAACAGUGAGGCCAUAACCAGUGACCAAUGCGGAAGGGUGCUUUGUAACUACUUGGGCCACAACCAAUUCAAAAAUGUGACAUACACGGUGACCCCUAUAUCUAAGCUGGACGGACUCAUUGGAAAACAACACCACCUAUCUAUCAGCUACGAAUUAGAUAAUCGGAGGAGAACCAAACGGUUUUUCCUUAAAACGUUGAACGAAUCUAACCCAGUGAUGUUAAAGAUAUCCAAAGAAAUAAUGGCUUACGAGAAAGAAGCCUUCUUCUAUGAAACGUUGGUACCAUUACUCACCUCUAAAGAUAUUAAACUUGGUAAUGUGAGCCCAAAGAGCUAUCUAUGUGAAGAUGGCAUCAUAGUGCUAGAAGAUCUUGGAUCGAAAUCGUAUAAAUCGACUGAGAAGAGUGAAUCCUUAGAUGUUCAGCAUUGUAAGAAAUGUUUGGAAACUGUAGCAGAGUUUCAUGCAGAUCCUAUAAUGUUUGAAAUACUGAAGUCUAGAGAAUUGGGACGAUGCUAUUAUCUUACCGAGGAAUAUGGGGACAUUCUAGAUAACAAAGUAUUUACUGAAGAAGGUUCUGGUGCUACAAGAUUUUUUCAGUAUUCCAUUGAGGGCUUGUACCACUUGGUAGACAUCCUCCCUGAAAGAAAAUUUGACAAAGAAGUAUUUAAAAAUAAGCUCCAAGAGAUUCUGCGCAUAAUGACUGAAUCAAGCAAAAACGGAAGCAGUUGUAGGCAGACAGUGCUUCAUGGAGAUCUGUGGUCGAAUAAUUUUAUGUAUAAGUAUAACGAGGAAGGAAUAGAAGAUUGCAAGUUGGUAGAUUUUCAGGUAGUUCAAUUUCUUCAAUUGCUUUUUUACAGUUUUUGCGUCGUAAUACUCUGGGGAGUCUUUAUUCAGGUUAUCCUAUUGUAA